AUUUGUAGGGCGAAGUGAGUGGGCGGUUGAGAGAGUUCGACGACUGCUACGGUUGGGGCGGCGGAGAGCGGGGAGAGAUGUCGUUACUGUGGGAGAAGAGCGAGUCGUGGCGGUGGCUGGUGCGGAAGACCCGCGAUUCCAAGCCCUUCUUCUUCUUCUUCGCGGCGGCUUGCGGCGUCGUCCCCGGCGUCAUCGGCUACUGCGUGAUGCAGUUCACUAACUCUCGGCAAGAGCAGCUGGAGGCCCACCUCCGCAAGACUGCCAGCCCCGAAUCCACCAUGAUGGGGCAAGUUAACAAAGAGAGGCUGGCUGAGUUUCUUGGCGAACUGCAACGCAAGGAAGAUAUCAAUGACAGAUACGCAGCUGCUCUGCGAGGAGAGAUAUUAACUAGGAAGCCUUAUGUCAGGAUCCAGCCACUGCCCAAGGAGGACAAUGAAGAAACCAACAAGGAGACCCCCAAAGAAAAGUAGAUAAGAAGUUGGUUCAAGCUUUUGCAUUGAUAAUUUUCCACCACUUUUUUCCCUUAUUUGCAGUUUGAGAAGUUCAUGAGAGAAACACUGGCUCGAAUGGUUCUGUUGGACUGAUAAUAAUCUGUAAAUCGUAUGGCCAACUGUGCAAGUUAAAUUUGGUUAGAUACUCAACCAGGCAUUUGUUUA